UGAUAAUCGUCGCGGGAAGAAGGCGAUCGGAGGGAAAAAGCAUUUCGUGUUGAAGUCUAUCCUGGUACAUCAGAGGUUUUAAAUGGCUAAAGAAAGUCCAGAUGUUGUGGUGAUUGAUUCAGACGAUGGUCAGGAAGAAUGCUCCUCUCCAGAACUACAUUUUGAGCCAAUCAUUCACUUGCCCCCCAUCGACGUGAAAACGCUCGAAGAAGAUGAAGAAGAAAUCCUUCGUCUUCGUGCCAAACUUUUCCGCUUCGAUUCGUCAGAGGAUCCAGCACAGUGGAAGGAGAGGGGCACUGGAGACGUGAAGUUUUUAAAACACAAAGAGAAAGGCCAUGUCCGGUUGCUGAUGAGAAGAGACAAGACAUUUAAAGUGUGUGCAAAUCAUUUUGUGUUGCCUCAGAUGAAUCUAAAGGCUAACUGCGGUAGUGAACGAGCCUGGGUCUGGAGCACACCUGCAGACUUUGCCGACGACGAAUCCAAAGCUGAACUCCUCGCCAUACGCUUCGGCAGUGCAGAAAAUGCUCAGAAGUUCAAGAAAGUAUUUGAUGAAUCCAAGCAGUUAAUGGUAGACCUUCUGACACAAGCCAAAGAGAAUGGUGAGAAGGAGCUGAAAACAGAAACUGAAGACAAAGACAAAGAGGCUGCACGUCAAACAAAUGGGAAACCAGAGGAAUCAGAAGAUACUGUGACUGAAAAACUUGGUGAACUGACAGUUAAGGACAAGGGUGAUGCUGUCCCGGAAAAGGGCGGGACAGGAGACAGUGCCAGUCAAAAUGUCACACCCACCCCAAAACCUGCUGAAGAGGUCUGAUACAGUCUUGGAUUUUAAACUUGAAACUUCUCAUUGUCAGCCAUUGUGUGGGAUCAGACUUGAAGCCCUGGACAAAGGGAGUGAACUCCAUAAAGAAUACUUGUUCCAGAAGUCUUUGUAGGUGUGUUUAUAAUUUUCAUGGUAUCAGAAUCAAGAAUUCGUGUCCAGUUCAGCAAUCCAUGAAUCCAUGAACUGACAGUAUUUGUAAGAUGCCAAGAUGACUUCUCCGAAGCAAGUGAUCUUCCUUCAGGGUUUAUUUACGUGUAUGAACUUUGUAUUUUCACAUGUACUGGAGCAUAUUUCAUCUGUAAGCCUGCAAUGUGUUAAUGACAGCUUACUUGAUCGCUUCUUAGAAUUCUAGCCGACAAGAACCGUUGAUUUCUGAGCAUUUUACUCUUCUGAAAAGCCGAACAUUUCACAAUAUUAAUGUUACUUUGUUGUGAACAGAAUGCAACUGGGUUUACAGGUGGUAUUCUGCAUGUUGUAUUACCCGAAAUUUAAUUGCUUGUUCAGUUUGAAGAUCAUUGAUAUUUUGCAGACUGUUCUGAGGGGACUCGCUUGAAAACGUGGUGUCAAGUGAUUGGGACAUGCAAGCAGACAGUUAGAUACAAUCGGGUAGAAUUUAUAGCUUCUGCACGUUGAGAUUAGUGGUGCGAUGAUAGUUGAAGCAUAGCAAAUACCACAGCCUGUUUGCAGGGAUAGUAAAGGUAUCAGUUCUCUAUCUUGUAAUUUAGUCAGAUAUUGCUUCCUGCAUCUUAUUGCAUUUUGGCCAAAGGGUAUAGUCUUAUAUGUAGUCAUGUUUGUCCGUCCGUUUCCACUAACUGAAUGAAUUCAUCUUCAUUUAUAAAAGUUAGAGAACCGAAGUUUGCUUGACUAUGAAGCAUUGCAGAAAGUACCACCGGUAUGUCCUGUUGUUUGAAUAUUCCACUGUUUUUCUCCUAAACAACUGGAAUGAAUUUAGAUUCAGUUGUGGACAGGGCAGUUCACCUUUGACUCCUGUGGAGUCCAUGCACACUGGAUUUUAUACCUUCUAUCUCUUCUAAGGUUCCCCCCACAUUAACAUGUUACCAGAACGGCUAAGCCUACUUAGCCAUAAUGUGCCUGCAUUAUUACCAGGACUUCAUGGGGGUUUUUUUGUUUUGUUUUGUUUUGUUUUUUUUUAUUAUUUUUUGGGGGGUUUAGCACUUUAUUUACAGGCUUUUGAAUUAAAGCCAGUAAAGAAGUCUAGCAGCCGGUAAACGGUUGAAAAGGAGCUAUAACUGUCAGAAUUUGUUUUGUUUUUUUUGUGUGUCUAAAUUUCUUCGUGAAAUCAAAUAUGUUCAAUGUCAGUUAAGUAUUGAUAAUCUACACGAGCUUGUGGUUGGGUACUGGAACAGUAUCUAAAAAGUCUUUUGUAAUAUUAAACGAUUGUUAAGAGGUUACUUUGGUCUAUUGAGAUAUGCUCCAUCUUGCAGAAGUGCAAAAUCUGUCUGGUUUACAUGUUGUUAAAAUCCAUCGUAAUGUUAUGAAUAUAAAAUACUGAAUACAUCAGUCCAACCUUAGAGAAAAGUCA